UUUGUGAUGGAAAGCCCAUUAUAUGGUCUGUUAUGUUAUGCCCUGACAGUCCGUUCAGGACCUUCACCAAACAAGCCAUGUCGUUCAUGCGUUCGAAGCGCGCACCUAUCGUAAAGACAUGCUCUAUAUCACGGUUGCGGUUGCGCCUUUUUGUACACCACCUGCCUACAACCAUGUUCCUCCUAAGAUAGAAGGAAGGCCAAAAAAUGUAUCUAUGCAUCACAAAAUCCACCAUGAUGCCUCGUAUCAACAAUCCUCCAACAACACCACAACAUCUCUUUCCACAGUCGAUACAGUCACAUUGCUAAAAGAAAAAGCAUUUAUUCCCACCAUUCGUUUCCAUAAACACACGUCGCUUUUCAACAUGGCAAACAACAUGAUAGAACUGGAAACUUUCCCGCCGCUCGACCUUUCGAUGCGACCACCCUCAGACAGCAGUCUUGAUGUUCAACCAGGACUGCUGCGACGUUGGCACCUCACCAAAAAGCGUGUUCUCGUAAUUGUCGCUGUCAUAGGCAACGCCCUGAUGGUUGGUGUCGGAGUGUGGCAAAUCCUCACGGUUACGACUGAAAAGCAUCGAAGGGAGAUCCAAAGGAAGCGACCAGACGCCGAGACCCUGUUGUUCAUUUUCGCUUCCUUCGGUCUGAUUACCAUACUCUUCUUUGCCCUUCGCUAUCUUCUCGAGUGGAUUAUGGAUUACUUUUUGUAUGUUCGGACAUGGGUAAGUUGUCAUCCUCGAAUGGAGAUUUUCUGACGAAGGCUUGUCCAUCUCUUCAGACAGUAUGAGUUAAUAAUGGAUGCUGACUCUGGGUGUUUUUGUUUCCCAUAGGCACGGGGGAAUAGGG